GAAAUGUAAAUUGAUUGCUGAGAUAAAAACAAAUAGAGAAGUUUAUUCAGGUGAUUUAGCAAAGGCUGUGGAAAACAUAAUGGAGAAGAAAUCCUCUUUGGAAGCAAGAGUUACAAUUGCAAAGACGGUAUUAAAGUCGCCAUCGGAGAGCACAUAUUGCAAUCUAGAUCAGGUUUGUAUUCUUUAAAUAUGAUCAAUAACAUAGUAAUGAGUACAAAUGUAACCGAUUUAACUGUAACAUGUUGCACCCCUUUUUUCCUUUCUGUACCCCGUUAUGUUUCAAAAAAAAAAAAAAAAAACUCUUCUUUUGAAGAUCCAAAAAAAAAAAAUUUAUAAAAAAAAAAAUAUGAUCAGUAACUACUAGCCCCAGUAUUUUACUACGUAUCAGGUAAAGAUUGCUGCAAUGCGUAUAGCAUACAUGGUGAAGACACAGUUGCCAACUGUCCUGAAUUUGUAGGGACACUCCUGUGUUUGGGCUCAUGUCAUAGAACCAGUCCAGCCUUCAAGCGGUAGAAAUACCAGUGGUGCAGCCAGUGUAGCAAACAACUCACAGGAAGCUGUACAAAUAUAUGUUUUUGUUAAUUCUGUGUGCGUGUGUCUGUUCUUUCUUGCCACCAAGUGUCCAUUGAAAUGUUGGCAACUAUAUAUCAUGUAAAAGCAAUAUAACCGUCAGUCAGAGGGAAAAAAAAUAGUCAGCUUUUGUUUAGCCUGCCUUUAUAUUGUGGUGGGUUGACAGUGGUUAGUGGGUAGUGUUGGGACAAAUAUAGAGGAAUAGGAUACAAAUACACACGGACACCCAGUAAUGUCCCCGUAUUCACACAUGUCCAGUUUCCCAAAGCUUACAAUUCACUGGUACUCAAAUCUUCCACUUGUUCACUUUAAGUGAGUGAAGUGACAUAAAAGGCUGUAAUUUGCAUGCAAGAGCUAUCCAGCUUUAGGACCUGCCAGUAUUGUGCCAUGGAAUUUUCCCUGAACAAGGACAAGCGCACCAGAGCAACAAAGACAAGUGCACCCUUAAGUCGAUAAGUGAGGAGUUAUCUGUGUGUGUGUAUAUAUAUAUAUAUAUAUAUAUAUAUAUAUAUAUAUAUAUAUAUAUAUAUAUAUAUAUACACAUACACACACACACACACAUCCCAUUGGACUUCAAGAUCCAGACAGACAAGCAAGUGCUGGCCAACCAACCCGAGAUCGUGGUGGUAGACAAGCAACGGAAGACUGCAGUCGUGAUGGAUGUGGCAAUACCAUCAGGAAGAAGGAACAUGAGAAGGUGGAUACCAAGGACUGAAUGAAAAACUAGAAUGGAUGUGGAAAGUGAAGGCAGUAGUAGUCCCAUUUGUGAUACGAGCACUCGGGGCUGUGACUCUCAAGUUGGGGGAGUGGCUUGAACAGAUUCCAGUUGGGACAUCUGACAUCGCUGUCCCGAAGAGUGCAGUUCUAAGAACAACUAAGAAACGGAGCAGAACUCUCAAACUCCCAGGCCUCUGGAAGAAGAACCGAGAAUGAGGAAUAAAUAUAUCACCCAGGAGGGGUGAGAAAAUCAAUUUACAUGUAUGGUGGUAAUUGAGGGUUAAGCUGCCCUUGUUGUAUGUAUAUGAAAAGUUAAGUACAGUUCAUGAUAAGCUGGCUGGGGAUUGGAUGCAGACCUUGAGCGAUAGAAGCGCGGGAAGCAAGUAAGAUUACAUUGCAGAAGCAUGAGUGCCGUCCUGUCAGCCAUUUCUAAUUAGGGAGAAGCUCAGACGGACCUUUUCCCUCCCCUUUUAUUAAUUAAUUUUUUAUAACUAUUUGUCGUGGUGGUAUAAAGCAUUGGGGCAAAAGUCAUCCUCAGGGUCAAAUUCUAAGCAAGGAUAUGGUGGUAAAUGGUUUUAAACGAUAGGCGGUCGGAUAUUCUAAGACUGAUUGACAAUUCUGUGGUUUAUAAAGUUAAGUUUUUCAAAAUCGUUAUUUUAUUUAAAUAUGUUGUAUCCCUCUAAAAUUAGAGUAGUAAGCAUCUUGAGAUUUGAAAAACACCACUGCCUAUCCCAUUGAAAUUUUCAUAAAAGGCCAAAAUAGAUUAACUAAAAAAUAAAAUCUCAGUUAGCUAUGCUUCCAGUUUAGCUACUUUGGCCUAAAAAAUUAUUUAAUUUUGACUCAUAACUCAUCCUUAGAGAUACAUUAAAGUAUUGCUUGCUAUGAUGUUGAACAUGUUACAGUAUUUUGUAUAUAAUAUUGUCUAGUUGCAUAGUUAGAUUGACAUUAAUUAUAUAUUGUUUCUUUUUAUUGUUUUUCUUAUUAAGCUUGUUGCACUUUUGAAAGAAAACUUUGAAAAAGAGCGCUUGGUGUCUGAUUCUCUCAAGUCAUGUUGUAAUGUAAGGUAAGCAAUUAAAUAUUUAGCUUUUUACAGAUAAACAAAGUUAUGUUUCAGUUUAACAGACUCAAAGGGCUUGAAGAUUUUAUAUGUGGAUAGUGCAGGAAGUAAUAAAUAUAAUCCUGUACCCCCUUUUAAAGGGGCCUAUCCCAUUUUGGCCGAAAAAUGGUCAAAUCUGCUUAAAAUUACUGAACUCUAGUUCUAGAAUGUGUCACGCUGUGGCUCCUCUUGACUGUCACAUGACUAUAGGGUCAGGACCCUAAAGUGCUAAACUCACCAUAUACGUGGCUUGUUCCCCCCCUCCUUAGUCCCCCAUAAAAGUAUAAAACUCACCUUAUUUCCAGCACCACACGGGUCUGCAAGCACUGGCUCCACCCCCUUGUGACAUCAUCGAUAUGGCCGAUUAGCCAAUCCAUUGCUUUCCCUAUGAUUAGCCAAAAUCGGCAAGGGGGCGGGGCCAAAUGCUGUUUUGGGCAAUCAAGAUCUCCUCGUAGAGAUGAAUUGAAUCAAUGCAUCUCUAUGAGGAAAAUUCAACGUCUCCACGCAGAGUGUGAGGACGCUGAACAGCAGGGCUGCUUACUGUGCAGCCCAGAGCCAGGAAGCCCCUCCAGUGGCCAUCUAAGGAGUGGCCACUUGGAGGUGUCCCUAGGGGCUAGGAGCUAUUAUACUCACCAGAACUACUACAUUAAGCUGUAGUUUUUCUGGUGACUAUAGUGUCCCUAUAAAGCUGUAAUGUAAACAUUGCAGUUUCUCUGGAACUGCAAGGUUUUACAUUGCAGCACUAGGUGGAAAAUGGACACAGCACCCAGACCACUUCAAUUAGCUGAAGUGGUCUAGGUGCCUACAGUGUCCCUUUAUGUCUAUUAUAUUGUCUAAUUUUUUGCAUACUAACCCACUUCCUGAUCAAAAACAUAGCCAUGUUCCUCAAUGAACCCUGUCACAACCCACUGUGAACUACUUAUUGCAUUGCCCUGACAAAUAACCUGCUCCCUACCUAAAAUAGUUUGCCACAUUUUGUGUCAGUUAACUUCUUUUCUCCCCAAAAUGUCUUACCAUAUUCCCUUGCCAACUAACCAUCUCAAGAUUAAAUACUCUGAACUUUGGAUUAUUUGUCCCCUUUUCACCUAGGUCGUAUUUUUCUUUUUUUUUUUUUCCCCCAGAGUGUUUCAGGAAACCAACCUUUUUCGAAGUCCUAGUUAGUUGUUGCGUUAAUAUUUCAAGUUUGUUGUCAAUGCACCACAGCUUUUUUUUCAACAAAGAAGUCACACUGAAUUAUACUUUCUUGUAUUUUUUGGAGGAAGGGAGAAUUAAUGAUAUCCUGUUUACAUUCUAGGAUUCAUUUUAACAAAACCAUCAUUCAAGAAUUGAAGAAAAUAGGGAAGGUCUUUAGUGGUGAAGUUAGAGUGUAAGUUGUUUUCCUUUUCUACCAUGAUACUACUUAUUUAUGUUUUGUAUCUGGUAAUGAAUUUCUCUAUGACCAAAAUUAAUUCUACAGUUGCAUUGAUUGUAAAAAAAUAUUUUUACAGCAGAGCACAAGUAAACAGCCUUGACUCAUCAACUGAGCAAAUUUUUGUCAAGGAUCAUAUUGAGGUGUCAGAAUACAAAAAUGACAAAAGUGGGAUACCAAUUGAAGUGGAAUAUGAUAUUGAUCAAAACAAGCAGGGACAUCAUGAAGAGAAGCCAACAGUCCACCAAGAAUACAACUUAUCAAUAUCUCAUAGUACUCUUGCUGGUGUUUCUCAGUCUUUUUCCGAUCCUGAUGUCAUUAUUGAAGAAAUAAUAUUUGAAGAUGAUAAGCAAGCUUGUAAGUAUAUUUUUUGAGUGAAGUGAAAUAAUAAAAUUAUUUGCUGGAUUAAUUUUUCUUUAUGAUUUGGGAAAUUGUCUGUAAAAGACCUUGGUACAUCUUAAUUUUCAUUGGCACACCUUGGAUCUGUCAUUCACAUUUGCUGGAUUAUAUUAUGAAACUUAUAUUUGCAAAAAUAAGUACUGGUUAACGAAAUUGAUUAAAUUUACUUAUUUACAAAGUAAUCAUGUUUUACACAGAUAUUGUCGUUCUUCCACCCAGAUUACAUUAUAUCAGGAGUACCCAAAAGGUAGAUCCCCUGAUGUUUUAAAACUACAGCUUUCAUGAUGCUUUGUCAUUCUAAAGGCAUUCAAAGCACCAUGGGAGUUAUAAUUCUGCAACAUCUGAGCAUUUACCUUUUGGGCACCUCUGCAUCAUAUGAAAUAAGUGGUCAUGGAGGCUGGAGUAAUCCAUUAAAGGAGAUUAUUGUAAAACUGGAAAAUUCUGCAGAGUCAGGCUGUAAAAUUAAUAAGGAAGUACAUGGUAUAGGUGCUCGCUAUAUCUUAAGAGAUGGAUAAGGGCAGCAGACUAUCACACAAGAUUGCCCCAACCUUGUAAUAGCACAAAUAGAACAUACCACCACUACUGCGGCACAUAUAAAAUUUGACAGGGAUUAUACCGUCCACACCCUUAACAGCACAGCUCUGUAUAGGUCUUGAAACUGUGAGUGUGCUUUCAUUUCAAUAUACCACCCUAUAGGCUUUAAAAUUACUACACUUAGAUUGUGUGUUAUCUCGGUUUUUGUCUUUGAGAGAUUCAUCUAUCCGCAAGAUUCUGUUGUACUCAUGUAUGUAUAUAUCUGUAUCUGUUUAUGGCUACACUAAACCACAGGUGCGGAUUAUCUGUUUUUUUCUUCUUUUAUGUAAAAUUAAUAAGGUUCAGUGAAAGAUUUGUUAUGAAGAAAGGCUAGAUGUUUUCGCUCUUGAAAAAUUAAUCUUAAUCCCUUAAAGGGACACCGUAGGCACUGUAUCUGCUACAUCUCAUUAAACUGGUUAUAGUGUCUGGAGUCCCCUGGUACCAUAAUUUCUUUCAGCAUUUUAGGCAGCCAUGACCCAGGAAGGAUCUUUAAAAGCCAUCUAAGGAGUGGUCAGUGAAGUUAUCACUAGGCUGUAAUGUAAACACUGCAUUUUCUCUGAAAAGACAGUGUUUACAGCAAAAAGCCUGAAGGUAAUGAUUCUACUCACCAGAACAAAUUCAAUAAGCUGUAGUUGUUCUGGUGACUAUAGUGUCCCUUUAAUAUUAAAAUACACUUAGAAAGUGUGUGUGUGUAUAAGUAUAUAUUAUUUAAUUGUAAACUGUGUUUAAACUUUAUUUAACUUUAUUUCAGGCAGCACGCCCGCCGUCCUUAAAGGGACACUGUAGUCACUAUAACCACUUUGUCUCUUUGAAUUGGUUAUAGUGCCUGGAGUGGCCUGGCACUGUCCCUCCAUUCAGUGUUGCACCAUGUUUGUGCAAUAUGCCACAAAAUAAGAGUCCCUGGUCACCCACAGUCCGGCCCCUUCUGUAUGUGUAGCUAAGGCAGAGAUUACACACUUCCUUGUUGUCAUACCCAUUCAUACCGUCAGUUGGAGCUCUGACAGGUUAAAAGUAGGGAUCGACCGAUUAUCGGUUUUACCGAUAUAAUCGGCCGAUAUUCGGUAUUCUCGGCAAUAUCGGUAUCGGCCAAUUCAGAUACCGAUAUUGCCGAUAAUACCUCCUAGGACCGCCAGGCUCAUUACAAGCCCGGCGGUCCUGGGGGGGCGGAGAGCAAGCGCUUACUCACCUCCCAGCAGCUCCUCCAGCUCCCCAGUGUAACUCUCGCGAGACCCGCGGCCGUCAGAGCAUUGCCAUGUGUCACCAUGGCAACGCUACGCGCAACACGCUAGCCGCGAGAGUUGCACUGGGGAGCUGGAGGAGCUGCUGGGAGGUGAGCAAAUACCACUGGACCACCAGGGACUGCUAUAUCCCCCCUCCCUGGCCAGGUAUGAAACAGGGAGGAGGGACAACAAACAAAAAAUAAUAAUUAAAUCUAAAAAAAUAUUAAUUUAAUAAAAAAAUGCCCCCUCACACACACUCCAUUAUAUACACAUACACUACACAAACACACUGUGUAUAUAAUGCAGUGUGUGUGUAUAGUGUGUGUGUGUAUACAAUGCACACAAAUACACACACUGCAUUAUAUACAAACACUCUACAAACACACACUGCAUUAUAUACACACACUACACAAUAUAAUGCAGUGUGUUUGUGUAGUGUGUGUAUAUAAUGCUGUGUGUAUAUAAUGCAGUGUGUGGGUAUAUAAUAUAGUGUGUGUGUAUACAACGCACACAAAUACACACACUGCAUUAUAUACACACACACUACACACAAACACUGCAUUAUAUACACAUUACACAAACACACUGUAUAUAAUGCAGUGUGUUUGUGUAGUGUGUUUAUAUAAUGCAGUGUGUGUUUGUGUAGUGUGUGUAUAUAAUGUAGUGUGUUUAUAUAAUGCAGUGUGUGUAGUGUGUGUAUAUAAUGCAGUGUGUUUGCAUAGUUUGUGUAUAUAAUGCAGUAUGUUUGUGUAGUGUGUUUAUAUAAUGCACACUACACAAACACACACUGCAUUAUAUACACACUACACAAACACACACUGCAUUAAACACUACAUUCACUAUACACACACACACACACACACACUACACAAAUACACACAAACACUUUGCAUUUAGUAUAUACAGCAUUCACUUUAUACACACUACCCACACACUACACAAACACUCUGCUUUCAUUAUAUACACACUGCAUCCACUACACAAACACACAUUGCAUCCUCACACACUACACAAACACACAAUGCAUCCACUACACACACACACACUACACAAACACACACAGCUCCCCUGUCUAAACACACUGCAUCCACUACAUGUGGCAUGUAUAUUUUGUGCAUUUACCUUUAGAAAUAGUUUUUAUUUUCCAAAAUGGUAAAUGUACAGAAUAUCGGCAAAUUAUAUCGGCUAUCGGCCUGAAAGUUCACAGAAUAUCGGUAUCGGCUCUAAAAAAUCAAUAUCGGUCGAUCCCUAGUUAAAAGCAGUCAGCUGACACACUCAGCCAAUCACAGCUGCCCAUUGCCUCUCAGGGUAAUACUUCCUUAUUAGCCAAAGCAGCACAGAGAGGAUAGACUGCUGUGGACUCUUGUUUAGCAUUAAAACAUAACAUUAAAAACUAUGAGGAGAUGCUGAUUGGCCAGGGCUGUGUUUGAAUCAUGAUGGCUCUGCCCCUGAUCUGCCUCUUUGUCAGUCUCAGCCAAUCCUAUGGAGAAGAAAAAACAAAGUGGAAACACCUCCCAAAUACGUGAUGUUGUAACAAUAAAUAUAAAUAACCUGAAAUAGGUAGUAAUUCGCAGACGUGAAUCUGUAUAGAAAAUUAAGAAGCUAACAUAGCGUAAUAUAGUACCAGAAAAGUGAGUAUAUUAGUGAAAAUGAAUGCACUCACAAACAAAAUUUGAAUUCAGGCUUCUCACCCUCCAAAAGGGUAGUAAUCUUAGUAGAUAGUCCUCCUCCGUGGGAAAUAUAGAAGAAGAACAGAACACAAAUAUAGUGAAGCAUGUAAUUAUAUUACAGAAUAAUAUUUAUUGGUCACACUUACAUGAAAAAAGAUAUGACAGGCAUAUCUCCAAAUCACAUGGAACUCUGAGACUGGUAUAAAGCGAGUCCGAUAGAAGGUCCAAUGUAGCAGGGAGGAUACAAUAGAAGAAAUUGAAAUAAAAUAAAUAUAAAAAUUACAUACAGAAUGUGAAAACAAAUAGCAGCAGGUUCAGAAGUAUCCAACGCGUUUCGUCCGACACAAAGGGGACUUCAUCAGGGAUAUCCUGUGAAAGAUCCAGGUGCUCUUGUGCAAACUGUAAACGUGCAGCAAUGUUUUGUUUGGACAGCAGUAGCUUCCUCUGUUGUAUCCUCCCAUGAAAUCCAUUCUUGUUUAGUGUUUUACAUAUUGUAGAUUCGCUAACAGGGAUGUUAGCAUUUGCCAGUGACUUUUGUAAGUCUUUGGCUGACAAUCUAGGAUUCUUCUUCACCUCAUUGAGCAGUCUGCGCUGUGCUCUUGCAGUCAUCUUUACAGGACGGCCACUCCUAAGGAGAGUAGCAGCAGUGGUGAACUUUCUCCAUUUAUAGACAAUUUGUCUUACCGUGGACUGAUGAACAGCAAGGCUUUUGGAGAUACUUUUAUAACCCUUUCCAGCUUUAUGCAAGUCAAUAAUUCUUAAUCGUAGGUCUUCUGAGAGCUCUUUUGUGCGAGGCAUCAUUCACAUCAGGCAAUGCUUCUUGUGAAAAGCAAACCCAGAACUGGUGUGUGUUUCUUAUAGGGCAGGGCAGCUGUAACCAACACCUCCAAUCUCAUCUCAUUGAUUGGACUCAAGUUGGCUGACAUCUCACUCCAAUUAACUCUUGGAGAUGUCAUUAGUCUAGGGGUUCACGUACUUUUUCCACCUGCAUUGUGAAUGUUUACAUGAUGUGUUCAAUAAAAACAUGGCAAAAUGUCAUUCUUUGUGUGUUAUUAGUUUAACCCCUUAAGGACGGAGCCAAAUGUACACGUUGUGAACGAAACAAAAUGUAAACAAAACCUGGCAUUUGCGCUACAUGUCUGUCCAACCGUAAUACACCUCUUUCAUAUUAAAUACACCCACCCUUAUUAUAUAUCAUUUUAUUCAGGGGAAACAGGGCUUUAAUUUAAUAUCAAAUAUUUAGCUAUGAAACAUAAUUUAAUAUGAAGAAAUUGGAAGAAAAUAAGAUUUUUUAUUUUACCGUAUAUACUCGUGUAUAAGUCGAUCUCAUGUAUAAGUCGAGUCCAGUUUUGUGACCAACAAUUGUGAAAUAUGCUAUGCCUCGUGGAUAAGUCGAGGGUAAAACUUGGGGCUAUGAAAUUCUGUGAUUUUUAUAAUUAUAUACACACACACUCAUGCAAACAAACACUCUGCAUUAUAUACACACACACUCAUACAAACAAUCUGCAUUAUAUACACACACACACUCAUACAAACACACACUGUGCAUUAUAUACACACACACACACUCAUACAAACACACACUCUCCAUUAUAUACACACACUCUGUGUAUAUAAUGCAGAGUGUGUGUUUGUGUAGUGUGUGUUAACUAGGUGGGGGAAGGGCAUUUUUAUUUUAUUUUUAAUUUUAUUUAAUAUUAUUUUUUUAUUAUUAAAAAAAAUUUGUGUCCCCCCUCCCUGCUUGUUAACUGGUCAGGGAGAGGGGCUAUCUUAAUCCCUGGUGGUCCAGUGGCAUGGGCUGUGAAGUAGGGGGGCCAGCAGGAAGCAUUUACUUACCUUUCCUGCAGCUCCUGUCAGCUCCCUUCUCCUCCGUUCCGGUCAGCUCCACUGUAAGUCUCGCGGUCUGGUUGCCGCGCGGAUCGUUGCCACGGCCGCGGCUCUCUAAGUUGCCAUAAUACAGACAGUGACUCGGGUAUAAGUCGAGUGGGGGUUUUUAAGCACAAAAAAUGUGCUGAAAAACUAGACUUAUACUCAAGUAUAUACUGUAUUUGUUUUUUAGUUCUACAUAACAUUUUAAUGGUCAAUGUCAUAAUACUGUUUGCUUUUACUGCAAUAAAAUACACAUAUUUGUAUUCAGCAAAGUCUCACGUGUAAAACAGUACCCCCUAUGUACAGGUUUUAUGGCAUUUUGGGAAGUUACAGGGUCAAAUAUAGCACGUUACAUUUGAAAUUGAAAUUCGCCAGAUUGGUUACGUUGCCUUUGGGACUUUAUAGUAGCCCAGGAAAGAAAUUUACACCCAUAAUGGCAUAUCAUUUGCAAUAGUAGACAACCCAAUGUAUUGCAAAUGGGAUAUGUCCAGUCUUUUUUAGUAGCCAUUUGGUCACAAACACUGGUCAAAGUUAGUGUUAGUAUUUGUUUGUGUGGGAAAAAUGCCAAUUUUGGCCAGUGUUUGUGAUUAAGUGGCUACUAAAAAAGACUGGACAUACCCCGUUUGCAAUACCUUGGGUUGUCUACUAUUGCAAAUGGUAUGCCAUCUUGGAGGUAAUUUUCAUUCUUGGGCUACCAUAGGGUCUCGAAGGCAACGUAACCAAUCUAGCGUAUUUUAAUGUGCAAAAAAUGAAACACAAGUCUUAUAUUUGACACUGUAACUUUUGAAAACACCAUAAAACCUGUACAUGAGGGGUACUGUUGUACUCGGGAGACUUCGCUGAACACAAAUAUUUGUGUUUCAAAACAGUAAAAAGUAUCGCAGCAAUAAUAUCGUCCGUGUAAGUGCUGUUUGUGCUUGAAAAAUGCCAAAAACUUCACUUUUAGUGGCGAUAUCAUCGUUGUAAUACAUUUUACUGUUUUGAAACACUAAUACUUGUGUUCAGCGAAGUCUCCUGAGUAGAACAGUACCCCACAUGUAGAGGUUUUAUGGUGUCUUGGAAAGUUAUAGGGUUAAAUAUAGUGCUAGCAAAUUAAAUUCCCUUUACUCUCGGCAUGGGUUGUCAGGCAGGUCCCGCUAAUUGUAAUUAAUUAAGAUACAUAAUUAUGUAAAAAUAUUACAUAAAUAUAUAUGUAGAAUUAAUAUAUGUAUAGCACUACGGAAUUUGUUGGCGCUAUAUAAAUAAUAAAAUAAUAAUAAUUAUAAUAUACGUAUGUGAAUAUGUGUGUGUGUAUGUAUAUAUGUGUGUGUGUGUAUAUAUAUAUAUAUAUAUAUAUAUAUAUAUAUAUAUAUAUUUUUAUCUAUAGGUAUAUAUUAUAGUGAUAUUUUUUAAUUUAAUUGUUUUACGUAUUUACAUAUUUAAUUUUUUUAUAUUAUAUAUAAAUAUAUAUAUAACAAUUAUAUAUAUAUAUAGUAAAAUACACCUAGACAGUGUAUAUGUGUAUAUAUGUAUAUAUAUACUUAGAUCAUAUAUAUAUAUAUAUAUAUAUAAUAUACAUAUAUAUAUAUAUGAUCUAAGCAUAUAUAUAUUUUUUUACACUUAUUUAACUUUUUUUUAUUUUAUUUUCAGCCAGCAGGGGGACCUCCUGUCAUUACAGGCAGCCCCCCUGCUGGCAAUACAGCAGGCAGCUAUCCCGGCCAUGUGAUUGUGAGGUGCUCGCAAGGACCUCACUCUCACAUGGCCGGGGGGACUGCCAGGGGGUCGGACGUGCCGCGGGGGGCUCCCUGGGAGUCCCCCCCAACCGCGAUCCGGCGACCGGGUAAGUAUAGAAAGACCGGAGGGCGUACUAUUACGCCCUGCAGCGUUUAGAGCCGCCUAAAAUAGGACGUAAUAGUACGCCCUCCGGUCUUAAGGGGUUAACCAGACUGUGAUUGUCUAUUGUUGUGACUUAGAUGAUGAUCAGAUCACAUUUUAUGACUAUAUAUAAGAGGCUUGCACUCACGGUCUUUUCGCCUCUGUAAAAUUCCUUUAUUUCAUAUGCAUAUUAAAUCUGAUCAGUUUAAUAAUAUAGAUAUGAAAUAAAGGAAUUUUACAAUGUGAAAAGACUGUGAGUGCAAGCCUCUUACUAUUUAUAAUUUACUUUUACUUUUACACAGUUUUUAAACUUUUCUACAGGCAGCAGGGGGAACUGCCUAUCAUUCCAGGCAGGCCCCCUGCAGGCACUGCUCUGUACGGCUAUUCCGUCCAUGUGAUCGAGACCUCAUCACGAUCACAUGGCUCGGGAGGGCCGGAUCAGCUGCAGGGGGACCCUCCCCCCAUCACGAUUGCCAGCGAGCAGGCAAGUGCAUAGGACAGCGGGGACGUACAAUGCCGGCCGCAUGCAUUUUGGACCGGGUCCCCAAGGACAGCAUAGUAUGCCUGCCGCCCUUAAGGGGUUAAUCAGUUCUUUCAGUGUUUGGUACAUAGGUUUUACAGAUUUAAAUAAAAUGUCAAAAUAUUGUGUACCUUGGUCCUAGGUAGUGACACAAAUGUUGUGGAUGUUCAGAAGAAGAGAAAAGGAGACACUUUACAACAAACUCCUCAUUUAGAUGAAGGUAUUUAUCUUUUGAAUCACAGUUACAUCUGA